GGUAAAAUGGCCCCAAAUCCCCCAAUCGCUCCUCUCCCUGGAAACUUAACGCAAAUUCAGCCGCUCUCCUAUUCACCAUCGACAAUCAACGAAGAGGGAGAGAAGAAGCUGACGCCGCUGGUUCGAAGAAGAAUCGCCAAGUAAUGGUCGACAAAGGGAGAAGACUUCUCUCCAAAUAAUCAACCUGUAGGUCAAGUGACAUCUCAACUGGAAAAUCUCAAAGUGGCCAGCCUGAAUCAUCUCCUUCUGCGAUCCCUGACCUGAUUUGUGUGAAAAAUGCAUGGAAUACCACGAGGAGCUCUAAGCCAAGACAAACAAGAAGCUUUGGCGAGUAAAUCAGCUAAACUUCGGUCUCUCCAAAAUCAGUUCCACCACUUUCAUCACAAUAAAAUUUAUGAUAAAGAAGCGCUCGAAGUUAGCACGAAGCUGCUCGAGCUCAAUCCGGAACAUUACACAGCUUGGAAUUACCGAAAGCUUGCCGUACAUCACCGUCUUAAUCAAUCCGAGUCUGAGAACAAUGAGGAUUCUAUAAAAUCCAUUCUUGAUGAAGAACUCAGACUAGUGGAGAAUGCGUUGAGGAACAAUUACAAGUCUUAUGGAGCAUGGUAUCACCGUAAGUGGGUUCUAAGCAAAGGGCAUUCUUCCACAGACAGGGAGUUACAGCUGCUCGAUAAGUUCCAGAAAGCAGAUUCUCGGAAUUUCCAUGCUUGGAAUUACAGGAGGUUUAUUACUUCAUUGAAGAACAUUUCAGAUAAGGAUGAGCUAGAAUAUACAACAGACAUGAUAUGCAAUAAUUUUAGCAACUAUUCUGCUUGGCACAACCGUAGUGUUCUUCUUAUUCGGUUGCUAAGGGAAAACAUAAAAGGAUAUUUUCCCAAGGAGAAUGUAUUGACAGAAGAGUUUGAGUUUGUUCGCCAUGCUCUUUUUACAGACCCAGAUGAUCAGAGUGGUUGGUUUUAUCAUCUUUGGCUUCUUGACCAGAUAGUAGAAACAUCAACUCUGUUGGUUUCUUCAUGGCCGCCUCACGACUCUAGUCUUCAUUUAUCAACAGAUGGUUUACGUGAUAAUGGUGUUUUGUCCAAUGCCAGAACACUUCCCUUCGUUAUCUACUUCAGUGAAGCCAUUAAAAAUAUAAAUUCAUCAACAGUCAAGGUUGAAUGUGAAGGUAUUGUGAACACUGACUUUCCUUGGAGUCCGAUCUCGGGAAAUGAUAUUGGGUUCGCUAAAGCCUGGUUAACUUUUAUUAAUUUUCCCGAUGACGUUGAAUCUUUAGUGUCUUAUCAUGUGAAGGUCAACAUUUCUAGUUCUCAAGGAUUUGUCUCUUCAAACGGCGCUGUUUACAAUUGUGAUUCUGCUCAACUUACAUUUACAGUACAUGUACCGUCUAAGAAUCCAGACAAAAAAAUGGAAGACGAAAAGAGGCUUUCUUUAGCAGAGGAAAACUUCUGCAGAAAUGAAACAGUUUCUCCCGAGUCAGUUUUAUUUAACACAUUCUAUCAAUUGAGAAUACCUAUAGAUGACAAAGAAAGAGAUUUGAAUCAGAAGAUUCAGAUACUUGACAAUGAGAUAGCUCACUGCAAGGAGUUACUGUUAUCAGUCAACUGUAAAAUUGGGAAGUUAGCCCUUGCAAGAUUGUUGAUGGCACGUGACAAAUUGGUGCCAUAUGAUGGCACAAAUGCUUGCAACCAGUAUGGAGAAGUUCUUCAGUUGUACAAUGAUUUAGUGAAAUUGGAUCCAGCACACGUUCAAUACUAUAAAGACGAAUACAGCUGUGUUUUACUCAAACAGUUACUCUGCAAUCAAGAUUCGUUGCUGGAAUGCUGUCAUCAAUAUCAAGAACCAUCUUCUUCGACCCCUUAUAAUUAUUUAUGUUUGCGUCUAAAUAAUCUCUCGCUCUCCCGACUUGGAUGUGUUGAGAGACUUCUUUGGGUGCAGAUCCUUGAUCUUAGUGGUAACCAACUUCGGUCCAUCGAAGGUUUGGAGGCAAUUCAGCAACUCGUUUGCCUAAACCUAAGCAAGAACUUGCUUUGCAGUUUCACAGCAUUAGAGCCUUUAAAGCAUCUUAGAUUGCUAAAAGUACUGGACAUCUCAUACAACGACAUCGGCGCACAUCCUAUUGACACAAAAAGGUACCUUUGUUCUUCUCCCCUGUGCCAUUCUAGUGGAAGCGCCUGGAACCUUGACGAAUUCGUGACUGACCAUUGGGAAGUGCUCUUGGUUUUUAAGAAUUUGAAUCUGACACAACUAGAUAUCAUGGGAAACGCUGUUUCUGACGAUAAAAAUUUAAAGUUGUUGCUAUUUGAGCUGAUGCCAGCACUCAAAUGGCUUGAUGGUCAGGAGUUGAGAUGAUUUUCAAGUGCCCUUUAAGGUCAUGUUUGGUUAGAGCCUUGGAGGUAAAGAAAGGGGAACAGCAUGUAUACUGUACUACAACAUUUUUCUUGUACUACUAUGGGUUACAUGUUUUGCCUUUGUUGAUUAAUAGACCUGUUGAGGAUCUUCGAGGGAACAAUCUCUCUACUCCUAGACCAGAAGUAAGUUUUGCGUGUACCUUGCACCCCAUCGGGUAGGUUUGUUUGGUUUUGGUUUGGUUUUAGGUCAGUUUUGACUAAAGGUGACUUUAUUUUCGGAUGGAAGAACUAUUUAUACCAAACAUUUUUCUCGAGCUGCUAAUGAAUUUACCAUACAUUA